CAAACAAGCUUAUCUCCUUCUUGUUCACUUUCAACUUUCCUUGUUCACAGCUGCCUCUUGUUCAGAACAAACUUACCUAAUAGUAUGACCCAAUUUCUGAAAAUGGAAAACCCCACUUCCAACCAACCCGGGAUUCCGUUCUAACCGACAGCUUUUGGGAACUGGUUUACUCGCAUGGAUUCACCAAACGGAAGCCAACAAGUUUUCGCCACCCUGUGAAUCCAUGAAUGCAUGUGAUAUUAUACUUUGAUUCCAUUCACAGAGAAUUCAAAGUUUAUGCAUUUUGGUGCAUCUUUGUCGUCUGUUUUCUGGUUCAGUUUGAGAAAAAACUUCGUGAAUUCUUCAUCAAAAUGGAAAGCAAUUUUCAGGGUAUAAAUUGUUUUCUUCCCCAAAAAGUUUUCACCCAUUUCCUGUUUCCGUGAGCUUCAAAGAAGCUUAUGGUUCCGUCUUGUUCAAAAUCCGAUAUUUUCUCCAAGAGAAGAUCAGAAUAUAUAAGAGUUCGUAGAUUGCAGAAUUUGAUCAAGGAAAAGAGAGUGAGAUUUUCUGAUCCUCAAAAGGAGGAAUCCAAGAAAGCUACCCAAACAAGCCCACCAUUUCAACAAAUGGACUCCUUCAUGGGAGGUUCUCAUCAUGUACUUCUUUAGUCCAUUUCUUAAAUGAAGCUAAAUCCAAUUUGGUUCUUUUGCAAUUACGUUAAGAUAGAAUUCUACAUUUUACUAAUAAUCCAUGAGAUGAGGAAAAAAUAAAAAAAGAAAAGAAAAAUGGUAGAUGGAUGUGUGACAAUUUCUUUGCUUUCUUAAUAGCCAGAUUAUUUAGAAAACAAGGUGCAGGACUGGUUGCAGAAGCAGUUUCCAGGGCCAAUGAAAGAUGAUUAUGAUCUGAAGCAGAGCGAGUUGGCAGUGGCCGUUGCAGCUGCGGCAUAUUCCAUUCAAUCUCUGGAAGAGGCUGAAAUAAGAAAAAAUGUGAGACAGGAGCUUGAAUUGCCGAGUUCUGCUAGGCUAACCAGAGGUCUCUCCAGCAAGGACCAGAAAGGAGGAGAAAUAAGAAAAAAUGUGAGACAGGAGCUUGAAUUGCCAAGUUCUGCUAGGCUAACCAGAGGUCUCUCCAGCAAGGACCAGAAAGAAGGAGGUGAAACUUCUGCUAGAGAUUUGGCAAGGUUGGAACUUAGGCGACAUGAAAGUGCUAUGAGCUUCGGGGAGAGAAACCAGAAGCAGCAGGCAAGACAGACAAGAGUUGAUGCUUGGGAGGAAGAACAAGUGGGAAAGAUCAACACAGGGUAUGAGAAGAUAAGAUCUUCAAUUCUUGCUUGGGAGAAUGAGAAGAAGAUGCAAGCCAAACUCAAAAUGGAAAGGAAAACGAGCAAAUUGGAGCAUAAAAGGGCUGUGAACCGACAGCACUACCAGAACAAAAUAGCAAGAAUUGAGCGAAUUGCCAGAGAAGCUCAAGCAGAAGUAGAAGAAGAAAGAAGAAACAAGGAGUAUGAGAUAAAGCAAAAGGCCAAGAUGAUUGGAUCAAAAGGAAAGUUUCCUGUCAGGUGUUUCUGCUGGUAAAUGGACGGGAAACAGUGACUGAUAUGUAUAUAUGCAAAUUUCCUCAAUGAGGGAAGGGAUUGUAUCUCUCAUAUAUGCAGUUCAAUGUACUUUUUCUACUGUUAAUUUUAUAAUUAAAAUCGAGUCAGAAAAAAUGGACACAAAUUAGUAGCAUUCAA